AGAGGGCGCUUUUUAAUUAAAUACCAUAACAACGUACACAAAUGGCAGUCUCUGGUGUAUGUACCACUAUACCUCGCAUCAGUAUUCUUGCCGAGCCAAAACCAGUUCCAUCUGGUUUUAUAAGAGAUAGGCGUUCUGUCUACUGGCUUUCCAAGCGACCAGUUACGAGAGAAGAUGGAUGUGAAGGCCACGGCAAACGUUUUCCACUAUUGGCUGCAUCUAAAAAGUGGCAUCCUGACUACAUGGGCGAUAGACCAACCCCUGUUUCACCCGUAAGUAGAGCUGCUAAGAAUGCCAUAGCAAAUGGAAGAAUUCAGAUACUAUCACUGCCAAGAGUUGUACCAAAAGAUUACCAACCACUGAGAUCUUCCUACACCGUAGUAUCACCAGCAGCAAAGAAUGCAAAAGCAUCACGGCGUCUGAAAGAGCUAGCUAAGUGCCAUCAGCCAUCAAGUGAAACGUCCAUAGUGUCAACAAUUUGGUGGAACCCGACAUCAAAGGAAAGAGAGACAGAGAAGCCAGAGCUAUCGGAGCAUCUGCAAGCUCUUGCAGCUCCUAAGCCAACUCAUCUAGAGUAUAAACCAAACCGAUCAGUCUUCUGGCCUGUUGCACCAACUGCACUGCAGGUAACGGCCAGUCCACGCAUAGACGAGAUCUCACGUCCAAAGAACCGCCCUACUAUUGACGACAACUACGACCCUUACAAGAUCUCACAGGGUGCCUUACACGCGAAACCAGUGCCAAGACUAGCAGAACUAGCCACACCAAACGCCCACAAGAUGCACCACAAAGGGUGAACACCACCUUGUCUGCACCAAAUUAAUGCAUGUGUACUAUACAUCUUUUGCAACAGUAAUGAAUUUUAGGUUAAGUUAUUGAUAAUAUCAAGAGGGCAUUUAGAGAACUAAGAGUAACAUUAUUCAUGCAGUUCAAAAGCUUUCAAGUUGUAAUCGUGAAAUAUAAAUCAGUGAAACGGA